AAUGAGCUCGUGAACUUGCGAGCCGAUGCAGCGGUUCAACUGCACCUACGAGAAGAGUUAUGGGUACAAAAUUGCUCUUUUUUGGCUGCUUAAUUUAUCAACCCCUGAGUCACUCAGCUCAAGCACGUUUGCGCAUGAAUCUCCAGUCCAACUCUUGGCAAAGCAUGAUGAGCUUGUGUUCACGUUGGAGCCAAAAGAUCACAUUUCCACCGAUGGUGUUUUGGAAUUCACUUGCCAAGCGAAGGGUACUAGAAAAAUACAGAUUACGUGGCAUAAUGCCACAGAUGGGCAGGCAGUGACUGAUCAAGUGCCUUCCGCAGACUUCCCCUCGGGGAUUCACAUUAACCAUUAUCAUGGUAAACUGCUUGUCUCAAACCCUAUUCGGGGUCGAGUUUACUCAUACUAUUGCAACGCUUCUAACGGAGGAAGUUGGAUCUCUAGCCACCCACCUGUACAUGGUGCUAUUGCCUACAUUAACAGCGGUUUCCGCAACUUACCUUCUCGUCUAGUAGCUUUGGAAGGGCAAGCAGCCUACAUUGAUUGUAGACCACCGAAAGGUUUUCCGGAGGUUCUGGUAUUUUGGACAAAAGGAGAUACCAGACUAUCUAGCUGGCAGUCAAGUGCAUCUAACUCUCUACAACGCGUUCUGUCUUUAGCAAAUGGUACACUGCGCAUAACAACUGUAACAUAUUCAGAUACUGGCCUGUACUACUGCCAUGCAAGUAACAUCGCUGGAGUGAGACGGUCUUCCGUGGUUGCCGUGUCUGUGCGGUCUACUAGAUAUAAUUUGAAGACCCCAAGGUCUAUUCGCACCAGAGCUGGAGAAGAUGUGACAAUUUACUGCGAAGUAAACGAAUCUGAGGUAAUCAGCUGGAAGAAAGCCGAAAACGAUGAUCAGAUCGAUUAUUCAAAGGCUCAUAUUGCUUCUAACUACCUAUUCCUGGAGAACGUUCAAGUGUCCGACUCCGGAACCUAUAUUUGCUUUAUUAGAGGAGCUACGGUGCACGCAGUAAACUUGACCGUCGACACUCCUCCAGUUUUCGUCAAGGAACCAUCCGACCUGUUCGUAGUUUCAGGAGAUAAUGCAAUAUUUCCCUGUGUUGCCAAAGGCAAUCCAUCGCCAUCGAUUUAUUGGGAAUUACCAGAUAUGACUCCGGUAUUUCUUGUUGAUGCUGUUAGGAAGACCACCACAAUCAAAUAUCUCGUACAUCCGGAGGGGCAUUUGGAAAUAUUUAACGUGAGUAUGAGAGAUGAGGGUAGAUAUCAGUGUACAGCUCACUCACCAGUCGACACAAUCCAUGCAACUGCCAAACUACACAUUCGUCAUCCGACUAUCAAAGACCGAGUGGCCAAAAACCUGUACUGUGGCCCAGGUCAAAAGGAUCAGGAAAAUAGUUGUCUUCCAGUCAUCAGUUUGCCGCCGGACAAGUUAAUCACAUUUGUGGGUGAACGGGUGACACUACCUUGCCAAGUCGGGAAUCAUGGAAGCCCUGACGCAUUAAGUAAAGGCUUCCAGACUUAUGCACCUUCAUGGUCAAUACAUUGGGAUCGUAAGACCUACAGCCAGAAACAGCCGGAUGUGAACUGGGUGUCCCCGGAAAAACCCAACUGGGGUAGAUAUGGGAUGCUUCCAAGCGGCACCCUUCAUAUAGAUAAUCUUCAAGUGAACGAUUCCGGAAUUUAUACAUGUGUGGUUCGAUCACCUUUUGACUGGACAACGAACAAACCAACAAACGUUACACGUAUGCAGUCAACAUGGUCAAUAAAGCUUGAAGUAACGACAGAUCUUUUGAAUGAAACCAGAUAUCCAAUUUUAUUUCCACCGAGGAACUUUCGCGAUGAAGCUAAAACCUCUCACACAGUAAUGUUGAGAUGGGAGCCACCUAUCUUUGAAUCCAGAUAUAUUCGUCCAACAGACUUUCAUGAUUUGGCAUUUUGGGUGGAAUAUUACGAACCGAGAGUCUCUACAGAAGGCUGGAUCGUUGUGGAGCGAAACUGGCCACUUUACCACAUUCGGGUGUAUGGCCUAAAAGCUAACACAGACUACUUUUUCUUGAUUCGUUCUCGGUGGAAAAACAAAAGAGUUGGAUGGGCUAGUAAAACACUUGGCCCGAUUCGCACAAAAGCACUGAAACAGUUAACGAAAAAUCAUGAUAUUGCGAGUUAUGCUUACAACUAUCAAUCUCUUGAACCAGCCCUAGAAGCGGUCAAGCUGUCUGACCUAAUUAUUACCACUUUAUCAACAUCCGAAAUCAAAGUGACAUGGACCACUACAGGAAAACGAAAGACAACAAUAAAAGCUAUAAGCCAGGGUAUCCAUAUUCGAGAACUCCCAUUCACCGAUUGCAACACUCUAGUCUCCCUUGAUGGAGGUAUUGCAGAGCAUGAGAAGACGUACUCACAUCAGCAAUGUAGACAUGCAGGUGAACAUGACAGUGGGUUACAAGACAAAGUAACUCGAUUCGAGAAAAUACGAAAGUUGAGGGGACUCAACUUGCGAAACCCAUCUAACUACAUAAGUAAAGUGGAGUCUUGCUCUAAGUCGUUCUACAGUUUAACGCACUGCAGUAGCGUGUUUAGCGGCCUUCAUCCAUUUGUGUGCUAUGAACUCCGAGUACUUUUUCGUCUGCCAGAAGCUAAUGAAAACGGUCACAAAAUGUUUAGAAGUGAACCUAAACGCUUCCUUACUCCACAAGAUAAACCUACUAGCACGCCAACCCAUAUUUACUAUGAAUGGAUUGGGCAUUCACAUGUGCAUUUAUCUUGGGGAACUCCAAACGUGAAGGGAUGGAACGGAGUAUUGACUGGAUAUGUCAUUUACUUGACGGAUGGAAGGUCUAUGAAGACCAGACAAUGGUUAGAUCCACUUGCUUGUCUGGUGAAGUGCCGAUCUUAA